AUGCGGCCGCGCCUGGGGCCCUGGGCGGUUGCAGCCGCCGUGCUGCCGCGCUCGGCGCGCGGCGAGGUGGUAUCGCUGACAGACGCAGACUUCGACGCCCGCGUCGCAGGAGGCAUUCCCAAGCCAUGGUUUGUCAAGUUUUAUGCUCCAUGGUGUGGCCACUGCAGGGCGAUGGCGAAAGACUGGGCGCUGCUCGCGCAGCAGCUGGAGGGCGAGGCGGGGAUCGCGCAGGUGGACGCCACGACCGAGGUCGGGGUGGCCACGGAGUGGGGCAUCCGUGGCUAUCCGACGCUUGUCUUGAUCUCUGGCAACCGGUCCAAGAAGUACUCGGGCUUCUACUCGGUAGACGCGUGGGCCCGCUUUGUGCGCGCAGGCCUCGGGAUCGGUGAGGCCUGGCCGCUGCCCAAGCACCGCUCCCGCCCGGAGCGGCUGCUGUGCUCCGCGCUGGAGGUGCUGCUGGAGUUGGUGCUCCCCCUGCUGGUUGUGGCCGCCGUGCUCUGUGGGGCAUUCUGGUACCUGUGGUCGCUGGAGAAGCGCGCCCAGCGGUCCAGAGAGGCCCUGGGAGCUCGCGAGGAGGAGCGCUGGCGUGAGCAGAUGGAGGCCGCGCGCGUGCGGCGCCGCGAGGGCAGGGCGCGUCCUGAGAGCCAGGGCGGCGCCGUGGAGCUCGCAGCCGACGGCGGCAGGGAGAGGUGA